AUGGAGAUCCAACAAUACCCUUUGAUGCAGUUGGAGGAAGUUCCGUUGGAGAUAUUGCCUAUUGCAGUGGUAGGCAACGUAGUAGGAGUCGUUCAGAUCGAUACACAGCAAGAGAAUAGCUCGCCUGUUCUUUCAGGGCCAAGAGCUGAAGCGACCUCACCCUCUGGCAAGACCAAUCAGCAAUCAAACAGCAAAGGCAAGUCUGUUGCUUUGGUGGAUCAGGGAGGUAAGCCAAAUAAGCUUUCUUCUUCGUCUCCUUCCUGGGAAAAAAAAUUGGAAGUGUUUGAUGCUUCUAUUACUCGUAGUGUUUGGAGAGAAGGUCAUGUUCGAUGGAGAGCAAAACUGGCUAUUGGCAGUGCUGGAGGUUUGGGGGCCCAUUAUACCUGGACUAAUAACCAGGAUUCUCCUACUUUGGUAAGAUUAGACAGAUUCCUUGUUUCCGCUAAUUGGGAUGUCUUCCCUGAUUUCAGGCAGAUUUCUCUUCCCAGGCCAGUUUCUAAUCAUGCUCCCAUUCAACUUGUAUAUGGCAAUCGGGAGAAAGUAAAGGCUCCUUUUAAGCUUGAGAAUGCUUGGUUUGAAGAAGACAAUUUUAUCCCCUUAUUGAAGCUAGAAAAUAGCUUGACUUCGAAAACAGAGAAAAGAGCCUUUCUAAGUGUAAUUGAAGACAUUGACAGAGCGGAAGAAUUAGACCCUUUAUCGGAUGAUCUAAAGCUGAAAAGAUCUCAGGCAAAAAUUUUGUAUAACAAGUUGGCAGUCAAGGAGGAGAUUAAAUGGAGGCAGAGAGCUAAAACCACUUGGCUGAAAGAAGGGGACAGAAAUACACAUUUUUCCACAAGGUGGCAAAUGCUAGGAGUAGAGCCUCUUCAAUUAGCAGGUUGGAAUGGGAAGUUAAAUGAGGAUCAGAAAUUGCUCCUUGAGAGACAUUUCUCGGAGGAGGAGAUCAAGGCUGAAAUCUUUAAGAUGGAAGGGGACAAGUCCCCUGGGCCGGAUGGUUUAACCAAUCUCUUCUAUGUGAACUGCUGGGAUUUUAUAAAACAAGACUUAGUAAAUGUUUUUCAGUCUUUCCAUUCCAAUGCAUUCUUGCAAAGAAGUUUGAAUACCACCUUAAUCACUCUUAUCCCAAAAAUUGAAGGGGCUGUUAAUAUCAAAGAUUUCAGGCCUAUAAGUCUCCUGAACAGCUUCUAUAAGGUCUUGGCGAAAGUGUUGGCUGAAAGGUUGAAAGGGGUGAUAGGCAGCAUGGUCUCUGAUAAACAGUUUGCCUUUGUUCCGGGGAGGCAAAUGCUUGAUUCUGUUCUAAUAGCUAAUGAGCUUACUGACUCUAGGAAGAGAGAGGGAAUUCCUGGUUUGGCAGUCUGCAGUAAGAGGGCUGCUCUUUCUGGUUUAUGGGAAGGCUUUGCGCUUGCUCCUGGGAAGGAAAAGGUGAACAUCCUUCAAUUUGUGGAUGAUACUCUUUGUUUUGUGGAUGACUCCCUUGAUCAGGUGGAAUUUUUUCUGGGGAUUCUGAGUUGGUUUGAAGUGGUAUCUAGGCUAAAAGUAAAUUUGAGUAAAAGUCUGAUUAUUCUGGUGGGCCAAGUAUCUAAUUUGGAAGAGUGUGCUAGGAUGUUGGCUUUCCAGAUUGACUUCCUCCUUGUUAAAUACUUGGGCUUACCUCUUGGGGCAAAAUGUUCCUCCUCUUCUAUUUGGGUUCCAAUCAUUGAAAGGAUGGAGAAAAAGCUGUCCUCUUGGAAAGCGAAAUAUCUUUCAGCUGGGGGAAGAAGAAAUUUUCUGUGGAGAGGUUGGGAUGAAGAGAAGAAAAUUCAUCUAGUCAAUUGGGAUCAAGUAUGCCUCCCCAUUGAGGAAGGUGGAUUGGGUAUUAGGAAGCUAAAAUUGUUCAAUUCUGCCCUUCUCAGUAAAUGGAUCUGGAGAUUUGCCUCAGAAAGAACAGCUUGGUGGAGAAAUCUUUUGGCUGGAGGGGGAUCAUCUUUGUCUUCACUGUCCAAUCUCCUCUCGGGUGUGGGAGAACUUUCUGAGAGCUAUGGGUUUCAGCUGGGUUAUGCCAAGUACAGUUAA